CCUGGCUCCCUGGCGCGGCAGCCGUCCUGGCCACGUCACCGCCCGGCCAAGAGCGCGCUGGCGGAGCGAGGAGCUCGGAGGCACCGGCAGGGGCUCGGGACCCAGAGCCCGGGGACGGGGACGUGGCAGCCGCCUGGCCCACCAGAAACUUUCCCGGGAGUUGGCUGCGCGCGGGCCGGACCAUGAACGUGUUCCGAAUCCUCGGCGACCUGAGCCACCUCCUGGCCAUGAUCUUGCUCCUGGGGAAGAUUUGCAGGUCCAAGUGCUGCACGGGCAUCUCUGGGAAGAGCCAGAUCCUUUUCGCUCUCGUCUUCACCACCAGGUACCUGGACCUGUUCACCAACUUCAUCUCCAUCUACAACACAGUGAUGAAGGUGGUUUUUCUCCUCUGUGCCUAUGUCACAGUGUACAUGAUCUACGGGAAAUUUCGGAAAACAUUUGACAGUGAGAAUGACACAUUCCGCCUGGAGUUUCUUCUGGUCCCAGUCAUUGGCCUCUCCUUCCUUGAGAACUACAGUUUCACUCCCCUGGAGAUCCUCUGGACUUUCUCUAUCUACCUGGAAUCGGUGGCUAUCCUGCCUCAACUCUUCAUGAUCAGUAAGACUGGAGAAGCCGAGACCAUUACUACUCAUUACCUGUUCUUCCUUGGGCUGUACCGGGCACUCUACCUGGCUAACUGGAUCAGGCGGUACCAGACUGAGAAUUUCUAUGACCAAAUUGCAGUGGUGUCUGGGGUAGUGCAAACCAUCUUCUACUGUGACUUCUUCUACUUGUAUGUGACCAAAGUCCUUAAAGGAAAGAAGUUAAGUCUUCCAAUGCCAAUUUGAGGGCCCUCAGAUGUUCUACACCUCAACAAGGACACAAACUAUUUGAAGUGUUUUCUGUGGUGACAUAUAUGACCAAAUGUUUUAAGAGAAAAAUGCUUAGUGUGGACUUCAAAGCACUGAUCAUUCUAUCUAGAAAACCUUUUUAGUAUCUCCUUAAAUUAUAGAGGUAAUUAAAAUCUUGGACCUAUUACCAAGUAUAGUACCCUCACAACACCAACUGGACCACCAAGAAAACCUUGGGUGCUUAACCCACGAAUGGGUCAAAUAUUGCCCUGGGAAGGCCCUAGUGUUAAACUCAUGCUAAGGAACAGCCAUCCCAGUCUGCACGCUGUAUAGGGCAAAAACCCCAAAUGAAGACCACAGUCCAAAUAUUAGAGGAGUAUUCUGUUAAUUUUCACUUCCCAGGUAGAUCAUCAAGUUUAGGAAGUCAAGAUACAAGGGUGAUUUCAACAGGUGUGAAAUGUUAUGAGGAAA